CAGCUCCACAAGCUCUGUGCACAGACCAUCUUGCACUGAGCAGGCCGGCCGACGAGUUGCGCCUGCAGUGAGUGGGUGUCCGUCUGGUCUGUCGUCAACGUCAAGAUCCCAAAUCGCAAACUGAAUCAAUUCGAACUCGGCAUCACGACUGCAUUGCGGCCCUCAUAAGCCAUGAUGCUGUCCCGCCGAAUUGUACGGGCCUCGCCCGCCCGUCUCGUUGCGCUCGCCGCGAACCGAUCCCCCAUUGUCCAGCAGCGCCGUACCUUUUUGCCCGACCAGCUUACCGGCCGGGGCGGCCUUAUGGAAGAAAAGUACCCCGACUCCGAUUAUCCUCAACUCACCAAUGCUGAGGAUCCCGAAAUGAACGGCGGCUACAUCAACCCUCCACGCAUCAAGCGCCAGUUUCGCGAUCCCUACGCCAAGUGGUGGGACCCCCAGGAGCGUCGCAACUUUGGCGAGCCCGUGCACGAGGACCACGAUCUCCUGGGCAUGUUUUCGCCUUACGAAUACACUUGGGUCUCUCCCGGCAAGGGUCUUGCCCAGAUUGGCGCCUUCAUCGUUGCCUUCCUCGGUCUCUGCUACGGCGUCAAGCUCACGUAUCCCGACAAGGUCUCGUAUCCUCGUGAGUUCGAGAACGGUUUGUUGCAGGAACUGGGCGGUUCGGGAGCUGUUAGGGCGAGACAGGCGGGUGAUCCUGACCCUUGAUUAAGUACAGACACGAGGGAACAAAUACAGAACAGAGCAUGCGCCGUGUACAUAGGUAGAGGUAGCUGCUCCUACUUCCAUACGGGGUGAACGGUACCCGGGGAAGUGAUAAGAGUUGAGUCAUGGGAAGCAGUCAUUAAUCAUCCCAGAGAGUGCACCUGGUCCAGCUUCCGCCAAUGCCUGUUGUUCUGUUCUUCCAAUCCUGUUCGUUACUUACAGUAUCAUGCUGGAGGGUACCUCUACGCACUCAGUUUAGGAUGUUCGUUUUGACGGAAUUAUAGACUAAC